GUUGUUACUGAGCAGCCAUGACAGCGCAGGGGAGCGUCACGUGGUGAGACAAGAUGGACAAACAGAAAGUGUUGUCCAAGCUGAUGUGGGACCUGCAGGCCUUCCUGUCAGUGCUAGACUCUGAGAACCUGAGCUACAAGGCCCAGGUCCAGAAGAAGUCCAUCUCACAACUGGUGUCAGCCCUGCAGACGCAAGACGCCACAACGGAGGACGCAGAGUACGUCAUCAUGAGCUGUCCGUCCGCGUCUCCUAGCAACCAGGCAGAUGUGCCGCAGACAGGGGUCCUGUCAUCUGAGCCAGACUGGAUGAGAGAUGCUGUAACCAAGGCGAUGCCCCGCCCCCCAGGGGGUCCCUUAGCUACUGACGAUGAAGAUGAAGACACGUACGAGGAGGCCCAUCCCUACAACACUGCGAAGAACCUCGAGAGGGCGGAGUCUGACAGCAGCUACUACGAGUCGUACGGCGAGGAGGAGGAGGAGGAGGAGGAGGCGGAGCACGUGAAGGACAGAGCUCACUACAUCCAAUGGAGCGCCUCGCAGCCCUGCCUAAGGCCCGCCCCCGAGUCCCGCCUCUGUGGCUACCUGUGGAGGAGGAGGUGGUUGGGCCAGUGGACCAAGCAGCUCUUCAUCAUCAGGAACCGCUCGCUGCUGUGCUACAAGUGCGCACGCGACCUGCUGCCUCAGACCGAGGUCAACCUGAGAGGCUGCCAGCUGGUCUACAAGGUGAAGACCAGCGGGAGGGUCCAGCACCAGCUCAAGCUGCUCCUGCCGGGCUCACACACUCUGGUGCUGGGCUACAGCACUUCUCAGCAGGCCCACGAGUGGCGCAAGGUCAUAGAGGAGCUGAGUGAGGAGCAGAACCUCUCUGGGACCACAUCGGAGUCGCUUUGGUCCUGCAGGUCCAGUGCGGUUCUGACCCACAAUGACCAAGAAGAUCCUCCAAGUCACCACAACAAGGACAAAGACUUCCUGAACGUGCUGAUGAACUGUCAGUGGCAAAGUCUGCUGUGUCAGGUGGAGGCGGGGCUUCUCAACAUGUUUGGCGAGGACGGGGACGAGGAGGCGGAGCCAACAAGGCGGCGGCCCCCCCAGUACACAUUGCAGCUGCGAGGCUGCGCGGUGGAGGCGGGACCCGACGACGCGUGCUCGCAGAGGAUCAUACUGAGCGUGCUCGGUGACCAGGUGGCCGUGCUGGAGGUGAGCUCGGCGGACGAGAAGCGGCGAUGGACGCGACUCCUGAAGGACGGGGCGGCCGGUUACCGCAGCAACAAGGCCCGGCAAGAAGUCAGCCCGCCGCGGACCAACACGUACAUGGACCCGCCCCUAUACUCCAACACCUCGCUGCUGGAGCACAUGCUCCACAGCUCUCAGGACGCUCGCUGCGGGACCUACGCCAACGCCGUCCUCGCCGCACACAAGACGCAGCGUGGCGUUCAGAAGUUGGAGCUGGCGGGCAGGAAGGAAGUCCACCUGAGGGCGGGGUCAGAGGUCAACCUGGCCAAGCACAACAAACGCUCGUCUUUUCGACAGUCGCUGGCCGUGUGUGGCGAGAGAGCACAGGCAAGUCUGCUGAACCCGCUGCUGCUGCGGCGCUCAGCGUCGGUGAAAAGUUCCCUGAGACCUUCUCCUUCAUCCUUCUUCAUCCAACACAAGAAGGAAUGGGAGAGCAAAGCUGCUUGACACCAUGUGACGUCUGUGCAGAUCACACCUUCUAAGUUAUUGACCAAAGUAACUAUUUAUUUUGAGGUACUUUAUGGUCACAUGACUGGAGUCAUGUGACUUAGCAACACAAGAAUAGAC